AUGGUGCUGGCAGCCAACAAAUUCCAAACAGGACAAUCGGAUAAACCUACAGAGAUGACACUAUUAUUUGAUGUCCAUGGCAACAUUGAUAUGAUGCGUAUGGUUCGCCAUAGCAAAACUGAAUUACACAAGUUUGUGGGUAAUUCACAAUACGUUCCACCCGAAUUAUUCAAUAGUACAAAAUACUCGAGUGAAUUGGGUGAUAUCUGGGUGCUUGGUGUAUUUUUGUAUCGAAUGUUGGUUGGGAAAUAUCCA